AUGGAGGACAUGCAGCGCUCGCUGGGUGACAGUGUCAUCGUCAGUGAAGCCCGCAUUUUUGACCCGGCCAAUGUCCAGGUGGCCAACUACGACCAGCUCGUCGUAUCCGAUUUUUCCAACAUCCAGUUCCUCGAGGUCACCGACUCAGAAGCAGAGGACGAGGCAGAGUACAAUGACGAGGGUGACGAUGCAGAGGAUCGCGAAUAUUACCACAUUCCAGCCGUCAACUCUGAAGGCCGCACGGCUCCGACAACUAUUCUGACGCCCGCCCAGAAGCGGAAAAAGGAGAAGCGGAAGUCCAGGAAAGCGAAAUCCAAUGCGGACAAUGGUAAUGCAGAGGAGGUAAAGUCACCAGCUACCGCUGGCUCCGAAGAGGAUGGCGACGCUGCCACCUCGUCUCCAGCUGGCGCCAAGGCAACUUCGGAGGACUUGCGGAACCCCAAGAUCAACGACAAGAAGAAGAACAAGCGGGCCGCCCAGAAGGCCGCCCAGCGCGGCGCGGCUGCUGCUGCGGCUGUUGCAGCCGAUUCGGCGACCGCCAGUAGCAGUGGCACUGCAAGUGGCGUCACAUCGUCGGGCGAAACUGACAAGCCGGCCACGGGCAAGAACAACAAGAACGACAAAUCCGGCGGCAAGAACAGCAAAAAGGACAAGAAUAAGGAAAAGAAGAACGGCAAGGGCGCCACAAAAGACGUCAAGGUCGAACCAACAAGUGAGGCCGCCGAGGCGCCCGCCGAAGCUCCCGCCGAAGCAGCUGCUGAAGCACCCGCUGAGGCACCGAAAGAUGCUCUCGCGGCAGAGGAGAAGGCAACCCCUGAAGCCGCACUUGCAGGCACGCCUAAAGCCACCGCUGGGCCUGCUGCAGAGAAGACUGCUGCUGAGCCCAAUGCUGAGCCCACUACUGAGCCUACUGCUGAGCGCGCUGCUGAUCACACCACGGAUGCACCGCCUGCUACGAAAGAACCCAAGUCAGAAGACGUGCCAGUAACUGCACCUGAAACGGAAGUUGCCGAGUCCGAACCCACACCGGCUGAGGAGGAGGUUCCUGCUGCUGCUGACGCCGCCGCUGUUGAAACUGCACCUGUAGCACCUGAAGCCACACCUACCGGUGAGGUUGCUCCUGAGGCAGCUCCUGACUCUGCUGCAGACACACCCGUUGAGGCGCCUGCUGAGGCACUUGGAGAGUCACCCGUGGAAGCCAAAGAAGUGACCGAGGCCGCCACAGACGACACGCCACAGGAUGAGCAACGAGAACCCUCAUCGCCCACGCCUUCGGGCAAGCGUGUCCACUUUUCAGACGAUAGCAAGGAGGGCGAUGACGUGGUCAAGGCCACGGAGGUGACCGAGCCAGCUAAUGAUUCUGCUGAUGCUCCGACUGAGACACCUGUGGAGGCUACUGCCGAAGCUCCUGCUGAAACUCCCAAGGAGGUUGCCUCUGAGACUCCUGCCGAGACUUCGGACGAGAUUUCUGUCGCAGAGCCGGGAGAGCCUACAGAGACUCCAGCUGAUUCCGCCGCAAAGGCCACUACGGAAGCCACCACGGAAGUCACCGUCAAUGCAGCUCCCGAAAUGGAGAAGGCCGACGAAGCUCCUGCAGAGGCACCCACUACGGUGACCGAGGCUGCCGACGUUUCCGCCCCUGAAGCAACGGAAGACAAGGAAGUCGAAAAUUCUAUCGAAGAGGUAGCUCUUGUUGACGGGACUGCAACCAUUGAGGAGGGUGUAUCCGCUAAAGAGGCUACACCCUCUGAAGCCGUCGAGAAACCUUCUGAUGAUCCUCUUGAAGGUGCUGAGGAGCCCGCAGGGGCACCUGCCGCCAUCACUGUUGACGAGGUGACCGAAGCUCCCGCUGAACCUACCAAAGAGGUCGAACCCGAGAUCACGGCUGAGGCACCAGCAGAAGAGCCAGUCUCCACACCGGCCCCAGAAGUCGAGACAGAUGCUACCGUUGUUGAGACCACUCCAGUUGAGACUCCUUCCGCUGAAGCUGCAACUACCGGGACGUCUGGUAAGGAGGGGGAAAAGAAAGAAAUAGCCGAAGCACCUGCGGCUGAAUCAUUAGAAGAGCCAAAGGGCGAGGACGUUGAGGCACCCUCAGCCGAACCCGAGCAGGUUCCUGAGGAGAAGGCGGAGGUAAAUACCGAGGAGACGGCCGAGGAGAAAACUGAGACCGUUUCUGAGCCGACACCGGAGCCAGCCUCUGAAACACCCGCCGAAGCUACUGUUGAAUCCACCGCCGAGACACCAGCAGAGGAAAAUGUCAUUGAAGCAGCUGCUGAACCCGCUGAAGGUCCUGCAGUGGUUCCCACUAAAGGUCCUGCAGAGGCCGCCACAGACGAUGCACCAGUUGAGCCGGCUGCCGCUGCUGGGGCCGAAGAAGCUGAAAAGGCCUCCGAAGCCGCCGCACCGGAAGUUCCUUUUACCGAGGCACCUGCCGAGACUGAUGCUGACGAAACUGCUGCUCGAGAGGAACCGCCCACUGUUUUGGAAGUGGUUUCUGCUGAGAAUGCUCCUGCUCCGUCGUCUGCGGACAAGGAGAUCAAAGACGAGCCUACUGCUGAAGAGAACAAGCCGGAACCUGCUCCCGAGUCGCUUCCUGAGACCACCUUGGCUGCCGAGCCGGCGGGGCCUGCUCAUUCCGGUCCGGAAGCAGAGACAGAUACUGCUGCGCAUGUCUCCGCUGAAGAGUCUUCGGACGCCCCCUCCGAACUUCCCGCUGAUGUUUCCGCUGAGGAACCCGUCGAAGUAUCUGCAAACGUAUCCGCUGAGGCACCUGUGGAAAAGGAUAUCAAACUGGCUGCCACAGAGUCCGACGAACCUGUCGAAUCGGAGUCCAAGCCCGAGGCAGACAAGGAUACCAAAGAUGAAGUUGAGGAAAUGGUCGUGGACGUUGCUGAACCUGAUUCAACUUCACCUGCCGCCCAGGCGGAGGAUGAGACCGAGACCGAACCUCCUGCCGAAGGCAAUGACGCAGACGAUAGGUCCGAGGUUCUUAGUUCUCCUGCUGAAGAUCCAGCCACGGAAGAGGUUGCCAGGGAAGAGAAGACCACUACUCCCGAAUCGGCCCCCGAAGCAGCUGUGGAGGGUUCGAAAGAAGGUGGUUCCACCGUUGUUGAGGACGCCGCUACCGUAGAAGAGUCGCCAGAGGAGCCAACAGAAUCGACAGAGGCUGCCGAGACGGAUCCAGCUGACGAGUCUGAGAAAGUCGUCGAGGCGCCUGUAGAGGCUGACGAGGAAGCAUCCGAGCCAACUGCCCACGAGCCUAGCCCUGAGACUUCUUCGGCAACUCCCAACGAGCCAGUCGUCGAGCCUACCACUGAGAUUACCACUGAGACUGCCACUGACUCUGUUACUGAGGCUGAGGUUGAGGCUGAGGCUGCUCCCGAGCCCGUCGUCAAGCCUGCUGCUGGGCCCGAACCCGAGGAGCCGUCUACAGACAGCAAAGAAGAUGCUGCUGCAGGUGUGGCCGCGGUAGCCGCUGUGGCUACUGCUGCUUCAGUAGCCAUUGCUGCGUCGUCCGAUGUUGAGGAGGAAACUUCUAAGGAAGACGAGAAAAAGACCGUCGCAGGUGCAGAGGCGGAAGAGUCCACUUCACCUGCCGAAGAAACCAAAGAGGUCGAGACUAUCGAGGUUCCUGCCGCCGCACUUGAAGAAACCGCUACUCCAGCUGAGGCAGCGACUCAGCCAGAGACAGAGCCUACCAAAGAAGUUGUCGAGGCCGAUCUAAAAGCAGAGGCCAAGGAUGAAGAGUCGGUCACCGUGAAGACAUCCGAUGAGGCCACACCCGAGGAGACAGUAUCUGCUCCUGAACCGGAAGCCACAGCAGUAGCGACUAAUGAAGAGGGAGUUGCCACUCCCGAGGAAGCCCCAUCCAAGGCCGCCGAAGACCCUGUCGCAGCUGGUGCCACUCAAGACGAGGCAACUGCCACAGAUAAUAUCCCUUCCGUAUCUGAGGAGACUCCUGUUGCUGCACCUGCCGAGGAAGCGGCAGUAGACGAGACUCCUAAGGACGAGCCUUCUGUCCCCAAAGAAGCUUCUGCCGAAGAGGCUGUUCCUGAACCUCCUGUUGCCGAGCCUUCCCUUGCCCAACAAACGGCUGCUCCCACCAUCGAAGCUGACGCUGAGGUUAAGGACGCUGGCACGACUGAAGCAUCUCCCGAGGAGCCGACCGCAGAGUCUGCUCCACCUGCGGAUGCGGUGGACGAGGAGCCUGCGACUGAGAAGGAGGCUGACAAAACCCGUGAACCAACGGUCGAGCCCGAAGCUGUUCCCGCUGAUGUCGCCAAGGCCGAAGCCGCUCCAGAGGUUGCCGAGGAAAGCGAGACUGUCAAGGAGGUCGCUGAGGAUUUGCCAACUGAAGAGGUGACGGAGGAUGUUGCUUCCGCACCCGACGCUACGGUCGAGGCCAAGGAUACACCUGUCGCUGCGCCUACUGAAACGCUCGCAGAGGAGCCAAUUGUGGCCCCUGCUGUAGAGAAGAUGGUAGAGGUUGAGACCGAACCAGCCGAAGAAGACACCAAAGAGCCAGACAAUAAGCCGACUUCCGAGCCCGUUGCCGAGGCACUUUCCGAAGAUCCCACGACGGAGCCGGCUACUGAGCCUGAACCAGUGGAGGAGGCCAAGCAGGUCGAGACUGAGGAGACACCAGCGAAGGCAGCGGUUGCCGAAUCUGCAGAGGAGAGCGAAACCGUUGAAGAAGGUGCCUCUGCUGAAGAAGCUGCCCCUGCUGAAGAAGCUGCCCCUGCUGAAGAAGCUGCUCCUGCUGAAGAAGCUGCCCCUACCGAAGAAGUUUCCGAGUCUCACGAGAAGGAACCAGCUACCGCGUCCGUGCCCGAGGCCGUUCCUGAAGUUGAUGUUUCCCCUCCUCCUGCUCCUGUUGAGGACACGCCGGCUGCCGAGGAGAAGCCUGUCGAUUCAACUCCUGGGGAUUCAAAGGAGAUUGCUGAAGCGGCACCAGCGGAGCCUCUCGUUGAACUUGCCGCCGACCGAGUCGAUGAGUCGCCUGCAGUCCCCGUAGAGGCUGUCGAUGAGCCAGCCGAGGCAGCUUCUGAGCCUGUUAUUGAAGCUACCCCUGAGACCGCUCCUGAGACUAUCCUGGAGCCUUCUCAGGAAGUUUCCGACGAAGUCGCGCCCGCAACCACGGAUGAGUCCGCACCCGAGCCAGCUGUCGAGACCGUCCGUGAGACCGCCCCCGAGGCACAUGCCGAAUUCCCUGCUGAUGUUCCCGCUGAGGCCACUCGUGAGAUUGCCACAAAGGAGCCCGUUGUCACCGAGGCGACAGAAGAGCCUGCUGCCGAGGUGGCCCCCGCACCUGCCCCUGCACCUGAUGCUGAGCCGGACGCUGAAGAAGCAAAAGACACCGUUGCGCCCAUUCCCAUUGUUGUUCCUCCACCGUUUCCCGCCGACACAGACAAGUCAGCCGAUGCUGAGAGAAGAAGAAGACGCCGCAGUUCGAGAGGUGAGUUAAACCCCGAUUCCCACGUUGAUACCCUUGAAAAUGUGCAAGUGAAAGAGGAGGAGGACGAAAAGGAGGACGUGAAAGAGGAGGAACCAAAAUCAACAGCCGAUGAGAUACAAGAAGAGGCGACGAAAGAGAUGGCACCACAAGAGGAGGCACCACAAGAGGAGGCACCACAAGAGGAGGCACCACAAGAGGAGGCACCACAAGAGGAGGCACCAAAAGAGGAGGCACCACAAGAAGAGGCCAAAGAGGAGGCCAAAGAGGAGGCCAAAGAGGACCAGGAGGAAACGAAGCAGCUGAAGGAGGAGGCAGUUGAUUCUGGCAUUGCGCAGCCAUCAGAAGACAACGCACACAGACAAGAAGAGUUGGAGCCGCAGGUGACGGAAGAGGUAGAGGAAGAGAAGAAGGAGGCAGAUGCACCAGUUGUUGAGGAGAAGAAAGAAGUGGAGAAGGACAAGCCGGUGGUGGAAGAGGAGAAGCCUGCCGUUCCCGCCGCGACAGAAGAAGUGGGAUCACAUCAUGAACCGUCCACUUCUCAACUGGCAGCCGUCGGCGGUGGCAUUGCAGCAGCCGCUGUUGCUUCGAUUGCAGCGGCCCACAAAAUGUCAUCGAAGGAGACGACACCUGCCGAAGACAGCUCCUCCAAGGAAGCGACAGUAGUCGUGGCUGACGCCGACGCUAAACCAACUGAAUCAACUCCCGCCCAUGCCCUAGGGGCCAUUGAGGAAGAGAACUCUGCUCCUUCACAUGACAAUGUUGACACCUCUGAGGAGCCUACAGCUGAGCAGGCCCCUCGUCAGAUAAGGGAAGCCUCUCCAGUGACUGCUCUCAUACAAGGCGCCGCUGUCGAUGCCGCCGAACCGAUCAUUGGCGAGACCGUUACUACUGAACCUGUCGCAUCCGCUGUCACUGAGCCCGCGGACUUUGAGCCUGUCUCCGUCAAUGCUACCGUCGCCGACAUCGAGACACUUGCCCAAGUUAACACCACUGUGACUUCUGAGGUCGCUGCACCCGAGCAGCCCGCUGAGAUUGAGUCGGCCGAGGCAAAGAUCGAGCCACAGCCAGAAGCCGCCGAAGACUACAACUCUGCCCCCGAAGAAGCGUCUGAGCACGAAAAGCCUGCGGAAAUUGCGAAAGAAUCAGAAGAGAAAGUGGCCACAUCAGAAACACUUGUCUCUGAGGCCACCGAGCCAGACAUCAAACCGGACGCCGACGAGGUGAACGCUGCUCCUACCGAGCCGACCACUGAGCCGACCACUGAGCCGACCACUGAGCCGACCACUGAGACAUCCACUGUGGUUACCGCUGAGACAGAAGCAGAGAUCAUCACCGAGGAGCCUUCCGAAGCCCUCGUUGAAAAAUCUCCAACUGAGGCCGUAGAUGAUGACGAGACCAUCCCGGCUGAGACUGCAGCGGAUGCUGUCGCCGAGGCGCCGGCUGAGAUUCCAGACAGUGCUCCUGUUGAAGCCUCCGUCGAAGCUGCCACGGGGAUUCCAAUCGAGGCCACUGUUGGCGUCUCCAGCGACACACUUGAAGUCCCUCUCGAGCCUGUGGAAAAGACAGAAAUGGUGGCUGAGGAGAUAACUUCCGAGACUGUCACCGAACCAUCUUCCGAAGCUCCUGCUGAAGCUGUUGAAGAAGCUCCUGCUGAUGCUCCCGUCGAUGUCACUACUGAAGUUCCUGCUGAGGCUACCUCUGAGGCUCCCGUCGAGAUUCCUGGUGAGGUUGUUGCCGAAGCUCCAGUUCGGGUCGCCAGCGAGGAGGUCCUCGGCGAUGAAGCUCGGGCCGAGACCACGGAGAAGACAGAGAAAAUGGAAGAGGCGGUCGUCGAAAAAUCGACACCGGAGCUUGCCGUCCAACCUGCCACCGAGCCUGUCGCUGAGGUACCUGUUGAAUCUGUUGUUGAGGCUACAACUGACGACCAUGCCGAGCCUGAGCUGCAUGCCGAAUCCCGCGAAGCUCCAACAAUCUCCGAAGCAGAGCCUCUCACGGACGUGCCGACAGCAGAGGUUCAAUCUUCUCCGGUGGAGACAGUUCCAAACGAGACUCAAGAAGCAUCCCAUGCCACCGAGGCUGCCCUCAUCCCCAGGGAGGUCGCUACCACAGACGAAGCUCCCCUCCCAGAACAAGCUACUAUCACGGAACUUCCGUCUUCUCCAGAAAUCCCAGAUGUCUCUGUUGCAGAGGUUGCCACCUCUCAAGACGAGGUCGAGUCUACUGUAAAGGUUGAAGCCCCGAACGCUGCUCCAGAGCUUGUACCAGCGGGUGCUACGGAAGCUACUGUUGAGGCCACGCCAGUCGAGACUGAAGCUCCUGCUCUAGAACCGGCAACUGAAGAAGCGGCUGCGUCCGUCGUGGAGGACACCCGAGCAUCCGAGGAGGUGGCACCCACUGUUGAAUCGGCGGUUGGGUCACCUAUUGAAGAGGCUUUACCAGCCGUUGCAGCCGAGACCAAUGACUUCUCUCCCACCGACUCGGUUGAGCCCAAGCUGGCUCUCGAGAAGACGAUUGAGGAGACUGUCUUAGUCGAGGCGGAGAGUGUAGAGCCAGUCCCAACUGCCGUCAAGGCCGAUUGGCCCGAUGAUCCUGCUGAGAUUGCUGCUGCCGAAGUGGUUUCAGUAGAAGCAGUUCCUGCCGAGGCGGUCUCGCUCGAAGAAACUACAGUCGAGGACGACACUGUCGCAAAGGCUGUCACGGAGGAGUCUUCUGUCAAUGUUGUCGAGGAACCUAUCGAGACCGUCGAAGAAUCUCCUGUCGAAGCAGUGCCAGUCAAGCCUACCCCUACAGAGGCUCCUGCCGAGCCGUCUUCAGAGGGAGCUCCGUCUAAGGUUGUUACCUCUGAUGAAUCGCUUACCGAAAUCAUUGCCGGCGACCCAGUCGAGGAAGUUCCAGCCGAUGCCACUGAGCCGCCAAUAGCGGUCAUUGAAGAGCCCGAGACAACCCCAUCCGAGCCAGCCAUCGAAAGCGAGGCGCUUACCACGGCUCACGAUGCCCAGCCGUCAACAGCAGAGGUGGAUGUUCCAGUCACCGAGGAGCCUGUCGCCGAGACGUUCAAGGAAGUGCACGAGUCUUCAGAGCCACACGAAGAGGUCACCGAGUUAGACACCAAGCAAUCCACAGAUAUGAUUGUUGAGUCCGUGGCCAAGUCCGUCACCGGGCCAGCAGUUGAGCCAGCAGUUGAGCCAGCAGCUGAGCAAGCAGCUGAGCCCACCGUCGAACCUACUAUUGAGCCCGUUGCGGAGCCCAUCCAUGAGCCACAAUCGACUUCCACAGAAGACUCCAUCACACCCGCGACAAGAGACACUCAGUUACCGACCAAUGAAACGGGCGCCCUCGCCACUGCCCAACCCACAACAUCAACAUUUUCAGUAGCGUCGCCCAAGGACGUUCUCCCGCAAGUCGCCGCGGCUGCAAUCACCGUGGCCGCCGUGGCCAACAUUGUGGCAGUAGAAGGUGAUGUCGGCGGAGACGAGGGGGUCAAGGAGGACACAAAAGAAACCAAGGACACCACCGCGCUUGCAACCAAGUCGGAUCCAACCACUGCUGACACUGAACCCUCUUCAACUAGCUUGGACCGAUCCGACGAUGAUGCACACGAAUCUGCAGAUGCUGUGGACACAGCUCCUGCACCUCUGGAUGAUGACCAAAUUCAUGGGACGAGCGGUGAAGUUCUUGCUGCGCCGGGUGUUUCUGAAGCUGAAACGGUGAUUGCUGAGCCGGUGGUGACGGAAGAAGAGGAAGAGGAGAAAGAGGAGAAGGUAGAACAGCAUGGGGAGAUAAAUGAGCAGGCAGUUCACCAGGACGUGGAGAAGGUGACUGACGAGUCUCUCACCACUGAGAAGACACCAGUUGAGCCCGAAACGAUCCAUGACAUCGUCGAGGAACCAACACAGGGAGCAGUGCUCGAGACGGCACCAGAAACAGCAGUCGACAGUCCUCUUGCCACUCUGGAAAUCGAGGCUGAGCCACCUACAACAGAUCCUGUCAAGGACUCUCCCACGCAUGAACCUGAAUAUACAGCUACUGAGGUCCCAGUUUCUGAGCGAGACGUUUUCGAGGCUGCUCCUGUGCCCGACGCUACUGACCAUCUUGUCGUCGAGCCUGUUGUCGAACCUCUCGAGGCCGUUGUCGAGCCUGCUGUUGAGACCGUCGGUGAGCCUCUCGGUGAGCCUCUCGAGACCGUUACUCAACAAGACGACGAACCAGUCGCUGAGCCAGUCGCUGAGACAAUUGCUGAGCCAGUCACUGAGACAGUCGCCGAGCCACUGGUUUCAGAGGCUGUUCCUGAACGCGACGCUACUGUCGAGUCAGUUGUGGAGCAUGUCACCGAGCCCGUCAUCGGGCCGCCUGCAGAGCCUACAGAGAUUUCUCGCGAGCCUCUUGACGCACCAGAACUUCCAGAGGUUGUUCCUGAACCCGAAGCGUCUGUUGAGCCUGUCGUUGAACUUGGUGCAGAGUCUGUUGUCGAACCUGCCGAGACCGCUCCUGAGGCGGUUGCUGAGACCGAAGUUCCUGAAGCUAUCCCUGAGCCAGAGACCUCUGUCGAUCCUGUUGUGGAGACUUUCGGUGAACGUGUCAAAGAGCUUGUCGUCGGGUCCGAGGGUGUCCCUGAGCCUGAAUUGGCUGCCGAAAAGCAUUUUGAAGAAUCCGUGAAGACUGUUCGAGGCCCAAUUCUUGAACCGGUUUCCGAGUCGAUUUCUGAACCGGCUUCUGAGCCAGUUGUUGAGGCGGUUGAGACUUCGGAUCCGGCAGAGACAGCUGAGCCAGUUCCUAAAUCUCCUGUUCAACCUACUACAGACCAAGAGGACGAGGAAACCAAGGAGACAUCCGAACUCACCUCGGAGACAGCGGUCGACACCUUGGGAGAACCGACAGAAGUUUCCGCCGAGCCUACUCUCGAGCCUGUUCUCGAACCCACUUCUGAGCCUCCUGUGAAUCCUGUUGAUGUGCCGGUCUUACAUCAUGUUGAGGCUGUUGCUGAGCCGGUUCCCAAGGCUGAUGAGACUGUGGUUGAACCUUCGCUUCAAGUGUCUGCUCCUGAGCCAGCUGUCGAGGCUCCCUCUGAUAUUGUGACCGACGCCCCUGGUGAGGUCACAGAGGAUGAGGUCGACCCUGCGCCUGAGCCCGAAACAGUUCUUGACGCCACACCAACCACCUCUCCAACCCGUGACACCGAAGUGCCAGCAGCAUCGGAAGCUGUAGUCGAGGAGAGCACAAAACCUACGACCGAGCCCAUACCAAACGCCACGGAAGACGCUGAGGCAAACAGUGCUGAGCCACAAGAUAAGAUCGAGGCCAACGUUGACAUAGUCACUUCCUCUGAGGCCGUCCCUGAGGUUACCGCCGAAUUGGCUCCGGCAGAAGCAUCCGUUGAGACUGCUCUUGGGGUACCUAUCGAGGGAACAAUCGAGGUUCCUUUCGAAAGUCAUGUCGAGACUCCUACCACGGCUCCUGCCGAGACUACCUUCGAGACCACCAUUGAGACCCCUGGCGAGGCUCUAAUUGACGUUGAGAAAGACAUCUCAGAACCUGUCGAGGAGCCUACUGAGCCCUCUGAGGUUGUCAAUUCGCCUGCCGAAGCUGCUGCCGACCUUUCAACCGGUGUUCCUGUUCUCGAUCGUGUGGCUACCUUUGAAGUUCCCGCUGAAGUCCCGGCUGAGACUGAGGUUGAGGACGAGGUGCCAGAGAAAGUCCAUGACACUCCUCAACAAGAGGCUGAAGAAGUGACUGCUGGUGAUAGUGCUAUUGUCGAGGCUGAAGAUGUCGAACCAGAUUCUGUCCGCGAGCCGAUCGAAGAGCUCAAUGUUAUUGACGCAUCUGUUGUCGACGAGCCUACGGAGGAGACUGCCAGCCAAGAACCCACGUUCUCUAACGAGUCCGACAAGCCAGAAGAAGUCACAGCAAUGAACCUCACUCAAGAGACUUCUGCCCUCCACUCGUCAGAAAUCAUUGUGCCUCUUGCCACGGAAAACAGUGUCCUGAGCCUUCCUGAUGAAAAUCCUUCGGCCGCCGCGGAAGAGGUAGUUGAAGACACCAGAGAUGUACCAACUGCCAAUGACACCUUUGACGAGGACUACGUCAUUGUGGACUCUGCGCCGACCGCCGGGGACGAGCCGAGCAAGCUACUUGAAACUGGCAACGAGUCUGCUGAUUCAUCGGAAAAGACAGCCAUUGAGGAUCAAGCUGCUGCGGCAUCUUCUUCCGGGGAAUCUGCGGUCAAAGACGCUGCUGUCGAGGACUCUAUCGAGAAAUCUGCUGCUGAAGAGCCUGCUGCUGAAGAGCCUGCUGUUGAAGAGCUUGCUGUUGAAGAGCUUGCUGUUGAAGAGCCUGCUGUGGAAGAGCCUCCUAUGGAAGAGCCUCCUAUGGAAGAGCCUCCUAUGGAAGAGCCUCCUAUGGAAGAGCCUCCUAUGGAAGAGCCUCCUAUGGAAGAGCCUCCUAUGGAAGAGCCUCCUAUGGAAGAGCCUUCUAUUGAGGAGCAUUCUAUUGAGGAGCCUUCUAUUGAGGAGCCUGCUGUUGAGGAGCUUGCUGUUGAAGAGUCUGCUACUGAACCGUCUCCCGUUUUUGAGGAAGCAGCCGCUGCAGAGACAAAAGCACCAGUCAAAGAAGAGUCCUCCUCUACCACCGCCGAGCGUGGCCUUCUUGCCGCUGCUGGUAUUACUGCUGCCGUUUCUCUUGCCGGUAGUGCUACUGUUUUUGCACAGAGGGCCGACAAAGAUGUAGAGAAGGAAGCCGAGCAGCCAACAAGCAUCACAGACUCCACACCAGACCUCGUCGAGGUCCCGGCUCUGAUUGAGCCCGAUAUGAUCACCCCCGAGAUUGUCGAGGAGGCCCUAUCUCAAGAACACACACAGCCUGUCGAGUCCCCGGACGAAGAGCCCAUAAUCUUGUCGCGUGAGGUGGAGCCACCUGUCAAUUCGGCCAAGAGCAAUGAUGGGGCUACCCCCGCUGCAGAUGCCGUUGUUCCCGAGCCAGCUACUGGAGCUCCCGCUCCUGUUGAGAUUGCGUCUGCUAAGGCCUUGCUUGUCGGAGAGGAUACUGUCCUUAAAACUGCGCCCGAUGUUGAUACAGAAGUUCCAAUCGACCCUGCCGAGGUUGCUGCUAUCGAGACCGCUCCCGUGGACGCAUAUCCUGUCGAACCUGAAGCUGGUCCAUCAACUCCUCUCACCCCCGACUCCAAGGUGGAUGAGGCUCCAGUUGCUCCGAACAGUGACAAAGACAAGAAGGAAGAGGCUUCUGUCACCGUCACGGCACUGCCGACAUCAGACCUGAGCCACGUCUCCGAAGUCAGUCACGCCGUUGGAUCGCAACAGGUCGUGGCCACAGUCGAGAUUCUCCCAGAGCAGUUGAGCCCCAUUGUUGAGACGCCUCAAGUGGUGUCCAAGGAAGUCACAGCAGAGGUGACGGCAGCCGCCAAGGAUGUUCCCGCUCCCGUCGCACAAGAAGAGUCGUUUGAGCACAUCACUGCCCCUGAGACUGUAAUCGAGACUGCACCGAAGUCUCAUCCAACAGAAACUUCUGAAUCUUCUGCUCCUGUCCAGAACCCCGCAGCAGAGGACUCGCAUCUCAAGGAGAAGAUUGCCGCCGCGGCUGUCGGUGCUGCUGCACUUUUGAGCGGCGCUGGCCUUGUCGGCUACACUCAUGCCGAGUCCGCCAGCAAAUCCAAGGACAGCAGCAGCCACGAGCGUGACGUCGAAGAGCUCGAAAAGCUGGCGGCCCUUGCCCCGUCACCCGUCCCACCCGAGAUGCUCUCAUCGGGUGAGCUUCUCAACGCCGCCGAAACGGAGGCUGACGUUCGUUCCAUUUCAUCGGGAAUCGGUGCCUCGCAGGUGCUGGACGAGAAAGUACCCCUAACCGAGUCGUCUACCGUCGUGGACCAGCAGCCCAGAGAGGCAGCCAAGGUCGAGUUCCUGCCACCUCGUGCAUCAUCGUCUUCACUCGCAGUGCGUCCGGGCAUCAGCUCGGAGCUGUUGCGGGCCCCGACGCCGGCGGUGGUCAUUCCGGACCUGGAGGAUAAGCAAGUCAAGGAGCUUGGACGUGUGCGCAGCAUCAAGAAGCGGCAGAAGCAAGUAAUUCGCGAUACAGAGGACACAGUGGCGGCGGCAGUGGUGAUCUAUGCGACAGCAGAAGUGUUGAGCCGGCCCGGAUCGCCGACGUUGAAGCCGUUGGAUGUGCCAACGAAAGUGGAGGGGAAACAUGUAGAAGACGAAAAUGUAGAGCGGGGACAAAAGAGUGUCCGGGAUGGCGAAAGCGAGGUUGUGCCUCUUGUUUUGGAUUCUGGAGUGGGAGAAAUGGGGAAAGAUGGUCAAAAGGAGAUUGGACGAAAGGAUGGAACGGGUGGAGCAGAAGGAAUGGAUGGAAAUGGAUACACACAGACACACGAGAGAGCAUUGCGCGAUUCUGUGGCUGACCUCUUUGCAGACGAGAAGCUGGCGGAGUCGUCCGCCGACUAUAACGCCACCCGGUCGUCCCGGUCGCGCGGCGGCGAACACCACUCGUCGCGGUCCAGCCGCGAUGCGAGCAAGGAGGCCACCUCGAGCAGUCGUCACCGGCACCGCAGCCACCAUGACACCGGUGGACGUUCUCCCCCGGAGCGCGAACGCUCGCAGCCGACCACACCCCGGCGCCAGGACAGCGGUUUCUCGGUGCAGAGCGGACACAGCGGCGGCAGCGGUGGUCGUGAGAGCGGUGGCCGCGACGGUGCUGGGCACGGCUCGAGCAACUCCUCGCCGCGUAAGUCGUACCGUUCUUCGCGCGACCGCGACGACAAGGAUCGCAGCCGUGUCGAACAGGACGCCGAAGACCAGUACCGAGCCGAGCGACGCGCUGGCCGGCAUCCCCGUGAUGCGCGCGAGAAGCUUGCAGCCGCAGCCACAACGGCCGGGGGCAGCAGCAAAGGUAAAGAGGAUGAUACCGAGAGGCUGCGCGAUCGAGAGCGCGACCGGAACCGAGACCGAGACCGAGACCGAGACCGCUACCGUGAAGGCGAUCGCGACCGCGAACGGCGCAGCUCGCGCCGCCACUCCGGCCAGCACAGCAGCUCCCGGCCGACGACGGCUGAUGCUGGAUCCGCCCGUGUUCCGAGUGCCUCUGCAGCACCGAAGUUCUUUGACGUCAAACAUGCGGCCAGCACCGUGGAGCCCAAAUUUGGCUUGCACGACGGUAACGCCCCUCAAAGCAUCGACAACACUGCCAGCACAGCCAGCCCAGACACUGCCCCAGCACCAGCACAAGCACCCGCCCAAGUCCCGUCCUCACCAUCUGCACCACCUGCUCCACCCAUCAGCUCCACUUCACGAGACAAGGAGAGACGCGAGUCAAAAGAGUAUCGCCGCAGCAGCGACCGGAGAGUGCGGGGAGACAGGGAACGAACUGAAGCACAGACAGAAGCACAGACACAAGCACCUUCCAGUUCUGACAGACAUGACCCUCUUCCCAAGCGCUCAAGUACAACCCGCUCUCGCUAUGGCUCAAGCAGACGCUCCGAAGACGCGGCCGCCACCGACCCAGGAGCGACGACAACGAAGACGGCAUCGACAGCGAUACCAGCAGUUUCGACCUCGGCCUCGUUGUCGUCCCGGAUGCGACUCCAGAAGCAGCACUCGCAGCAUGAGCCGUCCUCGUCGUCCCGCGACAAGGACAACAGCAAGCACUACAGCCACGGUCACAGCCACGGUCACAGCCAUCGCCAUCGUCGCCAGAGCGCUGACGUCGGCCGCAGCUCCUACUCGAAGGAGACACCACGAACAGUGCCUCCCCUGGACCGGGAGGCGACCGAGUCCAAGGAUCAACCAGUAGCCCCGGAUGGCACGGCCGCAGAGGUGACAGCAUCGUCGUCGUCCACCCGGCCCGGUGCGCACGGUGCGGUAGCCGCCGUGGUGGACGGGAAGCACCGCCAAGAUCGGCAGGAAAAGCGAGACAAGGUCAAGUCGGGCGAGGAUAAGAGACGUAGCCUGCGGGCCAUAUUCAAGAAGUUGCUUUCCACGAAGGACUAG